AUGUCACAGAAAGUUCGGAGCCGUCGGGUCGAAAUUAAAGAAGAACCUAUGCCUACAGACGUUUGUUAUUGGUGAGUUCUGAUAACGUUAAAAGUUGUUAUUUUUGCGACAAUUUUUGGAGAAAUUGGGUACAAAUAAUUUAAUUGGACAAUGUUUUGUUAGGUAAUCAAUAAAUGUUUUUGUAGCAAUGGCAAGCGUGAAUUGGGCACGAUGGAAUUGCAUUGUAAUGGCUGUAAGAAGUGGUUUCAUCAGAAGUGUUUGAAGUAUCUCAAGGAAUUGUAAGUUUUCCGCUGUUUUUUUUUGUGUUUAUUCUUUAGGUUUUUACGAAUUUUUGCUUUGAUGAUAAUAACAAUAGCUUACUUGACACUUUUUGUAAAGAAAAGUUGUUUAUUUUUAUGCUUUUAUAUUGUUCUAGCUUUCAUAUUGUUAUGGACGUUAAAUAAAUAACCUGCGACUAUAUAGAUUAUUAUUCUGUUCAUACUCAAAUCUGGUUUUUAGCUAUGGAUUGCCGUUUAUGGUGUGUUACGUAUUCUAUUGUGGAGAUUGUGCUUCAGACAAACAAGAAAGUUGGACAGCAAAGCAGUGUAGUAAGUGUUUUUAAAGUUUUAGGUAGGAAAACAAAGCUUCAUGUAAUUUGCAGGCUUUUUAAUAGAGUUUAGGCAUUUUUUAUUUGGUUUUAAAAUUUAUUUACUUCUCAAAAACACUGCUUAACACUCUUUUAUCACUAUAUGAUAUUUUAGAUUUUUCUCACAUGUGUUUGAUGGCCUUGGCCAAUAUGGUGGUCAACAAAACUAAAAAAACGCAUGGAGAAGAUGCGGAUUUGGCUGAGAUUAUCAGGUCAACAGACCCAAUUUACUUUGAUGUAGAUAAGGAGAUUAUUCCGUUUUUCGAGGAAAACUGGGAAAGUUUGUCACCAUUGCCUAGAAGGGUCAAGAACACUUGGCACGGUACUAUUGUCAAGACUCUCACACAAUGUACUGAUCUGUUUGUUGCGAAUGAGGAAAAGGAUACUGAAUUCACGUUGAAAGAACGUGAUUUGUUGACUAUUGGUCCUAUGCAUCAGGCUGUACGACAAGUGAGUGUUUUAAUAUUUUAUUUUGAGUUUUAUAUUAAAAUAUCCGCAAAAUUGGAUUUUUAAGAGAGUAACGUAGGCUAUUGGUCAAUAUUUUAUCAUAAAUGGCUCAAGAAUGUAUAAAGGUUGUAAAUUAUCUUGUUUUAGCUAGGAAAACGUCCAGCAGCAGCUCAAGUAGCAAAUGCAGCAGAAAGUAACGAAGAUUCAGAUGGACCUAAAACUCGAGGAGCCUCAAAAAGGAAACAAGUUGAAAAUGUUCUUACACCAGCUCCAAAAAGAUACAGAACGUAAGGUUUUUGUUGUCUGAGUUUGCUAUUUUAUUACCUAAACGUUGGAUCCUAUGUUGUAAUGGCUUUUUUGUUUUUUACGGUUUAUGCAUGUUAUAAGAAUUCUAACAUUUUAUCGUAUUUUAGCACUGGUAACUCAGACAACACACCGCUGAACGAAGGUGUAAAUGUAAAUGCAGAAACACCCUUCAACCGGGGCGAAAUACGAUAUUAUCCAGCAGAAGAAGAUCCAUUUGCUGGUGAAAAGUAAGUACUUAGCUAUUACUUAUAGAAUCAAGAGUAUUUAUCUGUAGUAGAGUUUUUGACGGUAUGUUAGUGUUUUUUAAAGGUUAGUCAUGAUUUUUUUAAAUUGAAUAUAAGCAUUUACUGAUGCAUUGAUUUGUUUAGAGCUCGAGGAUCAGGAAAUUCAGAAGCCAGCGAUGAUUCACAGAGUAGGAUUGUACAUCCAGCUAACUACCGUGUAUCAUUACCAUCUAUGGUUAUGUUAUCAUCAAACGAUCGUGCAUAUCAGGUUAGUUUUGAAUUUAGGUAACAAAUUAAAGUUUUUACUUAUAUAUUUCAGUAUAUGAUUAAAAUGAUUUUUAUUAAUUGUUUUACUAAGAGAAUGUGAAUAUAUUGUUUUAAAGGUCAGGAAGCUAGAUGUUUUUGUAUCUUAUAUCUUUUUAAAUAUGAAUUUUAGUUGAAAGUAGACAACGAUGGUUUAACUGUGACUGGCAAUGGUGGGUAUGCGAUGGCUAGAGCAACACAUUCCGUUAACCGAGGGAGAUGGUACUUUGAAGUUGAAUUUGUCAAGCAACCGAACGAUUCACAUAUCAGAAUUGGAUGGGCACAAGGAUGCUGUAAGUCUUGUUAAUAUGAUUAUAGGACGUAAAAUGAAGAUUUAGAGUAAUAUUGAUCGUUUUUACUAGGAGUACCCUUCUAAAGCUCAAUUUAACUUUAUUAAUACAACUUUAUGCCUUAUAUUAUGUACCUUUUGCUUUAGCCCCUCUACAAGCUUGUGUCGGCUACAGUAAGCUUUCAUACGGUUGGCGUUCGCUCAAAGGCACAGCGUUCCACGAUGGCUAUGGUCACACUUACGCUCCGCCAGGCUACAAACAAGGCGACAUUCUCGGCUGUCUGAUCGAUCUCCCUGACUUUGAAACACAAUUGGAGAACGGCCGAACGAUUGGCUCGAUAUUACCAUCGUCACACAAAGAGGAUUUGCUAGUCAAGUUCAAGAACCAUUUUGUGUUUCAGGAACACGACGAUCCUCAAGUAGCGAGCCUGAAGCUGGCGGAAUUGCCUGGAAGUAAAGUAAGUUUGGGAGUAAUUACUGACUUCUGUAGGGUAGUUGUAGCAAUUGGUGUUUGUUGUGGUUAAUUAUGGCACUUAGUGAGAGUUGUGGGGGUUUUUGUGGCAAUUGGUUUGUGUAGUGAGGUAUUUUAGCUAAUCAUUGGUUAUUGUGGGUUGAUUUUAUUUGGAGUGAUGGGGUGCAGGAAGUUGGAAAGGCCAUGUUGUUGUUGACGUUUGAAGGAGAAAAAAAAUUGUUGAUGUUUUGAAGUCAAAAGACCAUUUUCUCUAUCAGCUGAACGCACAAAAGAACAUUCUUUUAGUUUUUAAGUUUAAAAUACGAGUUUUAAAUUGUAGCAUAAAGUACAAAUAUGAAAUGAGUCCAACACUGCCAAUUACAAUAUAACAUAAAUUUUUCAAAAAAAAAUUUUUAAUUUAUAUUUCAGAUUGAAUUCUUUGUGAACGGCCGAUCGAAAGGAAUUGCAUUCACCGACAUAUACGAAGGUUCCUAUUACCCGGCUGUCUCGAUGUUCCACGAUGCUACAGUACGAGUUAACUUCGGUCCUAAAUUCAGAUAUCCAUUACCAAAGAACACAAGGCCAAUGGCACAAAGACCCGAUGAAAUGGCAGUAGAACAAACCAUCGUUGACAUGAGGGAUCUUAUCAAGUAUCAGCUGGAAGAAGAGACGGCUAGCCAGUCGUUGAUACCCGAUGCCAAUGAUAGUUAA